AGUUGCAGGUUUUUAUUUUAUUUCAAUGAGUUGUAAUCUUAGCUUACUGGAACUAUAGAGAGUCCCUCACUCUUCUGGUUAACCCGAAUUAUCCCAAAAUUAAUCAAUUUUCUUCAAUUUCCUCCGCCUCGCCACUCUCUCUUGGCUGAAAUGGCCAACUUCUUCUCCAAGGCGGAGGUGACGAGCAGCGGACGCCCCGUCCUCCUACGCAGCGAAGUCGAAUGCCACCUUCUCUCCUCUGUAGACCUCGAACCCGAAGACCACCACAAUUUCUCCCCCUUAAAGUCGGGCCUCCUCAUCCUCACCACUCACCGCCUCCUCUGGCUCCCUUCUUCUUCCGCCAGCACCCCUACUUCCGCCGCUGCCAUCCCUCUUCCCGCUAUUUCCCACAUCUUCUCCUCCAAAAAAUCUCUCAAGUCCAUGUUCCACUCCCCCAGGAUCCGCUUCCAAGUCCUCGUCUCACCGGAUGGUCGGGUUUUCGAUCCGGGUUCCGGUUCUGGGUCUGGUUCUGGUUUGGGCUCAAGAUCGGUUGUACUGACAGCGGUGGUUAGGGGGAAGGGGGAUUGUGAUGGGUUUUUGGGAAAGUUUUGGGACAGUUGGCGAGCGAGGGCUUGGGAGACUAAUGAGACUUCCGGUUCUGGCUCGAGUUCGGUUUCGGGUUCAGGCACAGGCACAGGCACGGGCACGGGCACGGGUGGAGGGUUGUAUUCGAGUGACGGUUCAGUUAGGAUGGUUGGGGUGGCGGGAAUUUUAAGGAAGGAGCAGGAAUUGUGGGAGAGUACUGAUAAGAGUUUGCAGGAUGCUUUUCAGGACUUAAAUGCUCUCAUGAGUAAAGCUAAAGAGAUGGUGAUGUUAGCAGAGAAAAUGAGGCAAAAGCUUUUGUCUGGAACAAAUUCUCAAGCAAGUGCAACAAAUGAUGAGGAUAUGGGUUCAAAAGAAGAGAUGCAAGAUUGGUUGUUGAGUGUUGGUAUAAUAUCCCCUGUAACUAAGGAAUCUGCAGGUGCCCUGUACCAUCAACAAUUGUCCCGUCAGCUGGCAGAUUUUGUGAGAACUCCACUAGAGAGAGCAGGUGGAAUGAUCAACCUUAUUGAUGUUUAUUGUCUCUUCAAUCGUGCUCGAGGCACAGAAUUGAUCUCUCCAGAUGAUAUGCUGCAAGCAUGUUCUUUGUGGGAGAAAUUUGAUGUUCCAGUGAUGCUUAGGAAGUUUGAUAGUGGAGUCAUGGUCAUCCAAAACAAGUCCCAUAGUGAUGAGGAGGUUUUUGUUAGAAUCAAAAGCCUCGUGACUAAGCCUGAAGCCCUUCGAAGUGGCAUAAGUCCAAGUGAUGCUGCAAUGACACUAGGGAUUGCUCCAGCUAUGGCCAAGGAGCAUCUUCUAACUGCUGAGAGCACAGGUUUGCUAUGCAGAGAUGUAAGCCCUGAUGGCUUUCGCUUUUAUAUUAACCUGUUUCCUGAAAUUGAUCCACGUGAUGUCUACUUAGUGAAGGAUUAUGGGAUCUGCGAUACCUGGAUCAAAGCAGUUUCUACUUCUGGGUUGAGAUAAAUGCAUUUGGCUAUAGAUUUCUGAAAUCUCUCUCAGACAACUCUCUACAUGCUCGACUAGGAUGAUGUAUUUUCUGCGUGUGAGUAACUUACUAUCCAGUCUGCUUCUUGUCGUUGUGAAUGCGAAUAACUUUCAAUUCAGCAGAACACGAGGGAAGCUGGUAAGCAACUCAGCAUCUGGUUUUGAACUUUUGAUCAUCAUUUGUUCAUUGUAACAAGAGAACAGUCAAUCCUUCCAUUGAGAUCUUGAAGCAUACUCGACAGAGUUUAUUGGGUGUGGAUAAUAAAUAAAUCCGUACUGUCUCUUUUGAAUUUAUUAAAGAUCCACCAAAACCAAUAUGGGAGCAGAGCCAACAAUAAGAUUAUCAAGCUGUGCUGAGAAUAUUAUUCA